CUCACGUUGCUCCAACACGACGCACGACGCAGGGGCGCAGCGAAUAACGGAUUACUUAUCAACUGAUCGAUGAGCCAAUUUAUAGACAGAGAUUUAUCUUGGCUGUUACGUCUGUCAUUGCAGCACAUCAUCGGAUGUUUUUCCAUUUCCCCCCACAACUAGAAAUCUGACCAUCUUUCCUCUCCAGACCGCCUGUUUAUGCGCAACUGAAGCCACUUGUUUGCCGCAGAGGAGAAAUGUAAGAAUCUGAUGUACACGGAUCAAUACUUGUAUCAGGAAAUGUUUAUUAUGGACAAAUGAGAGCCAGGAAAAGCCGGUUUUACACGUUUUUCCAAAGUCGGGGAUAAAAAUAACAGUCUGGCUUCACUUUUCCACAACGGAAAUGAGAUCAGUCCUAUUGCUUGGCUCCACUUCUUCUAAAACAUGGUCGAUGUGACUGCAUGUACCGGGAUCUGAUAGUGUUUGACUUGUGGCUACAUAGAGCUUGUUAUUAGUGGAAAGAUGUUUGCUGGGCUGAUGGGAUGUCACAGCAACUCUCUGCUUCACCGCUGCGAAGUCAUGGAAGGUGGCAGAGCAUCAGGGACAGCUGGCAGCACCAGCCGUAAGAGGUUCCACCGAAGGCCAGGUUACAUGAGAGGAGAGCAGUCCAGACUACAGAGCACUACUCAUGGACAGGAGGAAGAGGAGGAGGAGGAGGAAGAGAAGGAGCAGGGGAGGACCACUUGCAUUAGGAAUGGAAAACCUGGACGUCACACUGACAUCACUGAGACACCUAAUGCUCAGAGGAUGAGUCUAACACCUGCUGUUAAAAUGUCUGUAAUGAAUCAGCAACAGCCUGAUAGACUCGCAUGUAGCUCCUGUCAGAGCAAGAACUUUCCUCUCCCCCUUGUGAACUGCAGUGCCGUUAACGGUACAUUCAACCAUCUCUCCUCAUUGCCACGGACUGAACACAGAUUAAGCCCAAGCCCAGCACCUCAACCUUCACCUCAGUCCAGGCUGACUUCCCCAGCAGACUCUUUCAACUCCAGCUUCAGUUUCAUCCAACAGUCUCUCAACUCCAGCCAGGGGACUGACACCACCACUGCCACACCAUCACAGGAACCAGAACCACUUAAUCAGUCAACUAAAGCACCCAGUUCGCCUCACACAAAACCAGCAACCUUGUCUCUUGAGCAGUCAGUCUCAAAGCAGUCAACUACUGUCCAGCCACUGCCCUCCUCUGCUCUUGGCAGCCAGGCAGAGAGAGAGGAGCUGUCAUUAGGUGGGAGGUUUUGGCGGGAAUGUCUAUGGAGUGGCAGGGAGGUAACAUCUGACCUGCCUGACUGCGACUCCCGAUCUCUAGACAUAGAGGUCACAUCCUCUCUGUCAGUGGACUCAGACACCGCCUCCGCUUCCUCUGUCACCUCUGGCUAUGAGAGCGCCACACCUGCCCCUGACCAAGGCUGGGACAAUCUGGUGAAGAAGUACGAGGGCGUGCUGCAAGACUGCCUCCAAAACAACCGAACUCACACCAAGAUUGAGUCCAUGAUGUUGAAGCUGCAGAGACUCCAGCAGAAAGCCAUUUUGGAUGACGACUAUGACGCAGCUGAGCGUUUUGGGAAAAAGCUGGAGGAACUGCGCAGGGAACGAGGAUCACUUAAGCUGGGUUUACCCUCCAGACAACACAGCGUGGCUCUGUUCCUUGAGCGGCUCAGACAGGUGGUGCACAGCGCCCUCCAGAGGGCAGACUGCAGUCAACGCAGGGAGAGUGCAGAGCCUGAUGCAGGGGAGCGGUCUGACUCGUCUCAGGGUCCACUGCAUCGAAGACAUCGUCUGAUCCAAGAGAAACGGAUGGUUGAGGUGGAGGUAGAGGAGCUGCAGCAGAGGCUGGCGGAGCUGAAGGACCGCAGUCGAUGCCUGGAGCAGCAGAUCCAGCAGGAGGAGCAGCAGGUGGAGGCUGAGGAGCUCGAGGGCUCCGUGCUAAGGAGUUGCACCGUGGCCCAGCUCCGUGACAUGAGCCGGACCCUGCAGGACCUUGUCACCUCCGAAAACCGCACGCAGAUCUCCGUCUCUCCUCCACCUUCCAUGCUCAGACUCCAGGAGCAGGAGCAGGCAUUGAAUCUGUCCAUCAAGGAAGCCACUGCUAAAGUGGUCAUGAGUCAGAGGCUGGGCAGCAGCCUGAGGAGGAAGGUCAGCGAGACCGAAACUCAGCUCUUGGCGCUGCAUGAAGCCAAACUGGCGGCCAUCUCAGGUAAUGACUUCAGCAGCGCCAAGGAGCUGAAGGCUGAGAUGAAGGCGGUGUACCUGGAGCGGGACCGGCUGGAGGCUCUGGCCAAAAGGCUGCACAGCCUCAGUUCAGGGAGCAUCCAGGAGCUGGCCAGGAUGAAAGAGCAGCAGCAGCAGCUCAGGCAGGAGCUGGAGCAGAGGGAGGCGCAGCAUGAGAGCCAGCUGAAAGAGAACACUACCAAGUAUAUUGAGCUAUUGGAGGACAGAUUGCACAGCUUUGGCUGUCCAGGUUUGGAGCGGAUCUGGGAAGCUGACCUUGAGGCAUGUCACCUCUUCUUACGAAGCCUCCAGCUGCGAACUCCCAGCUGCAGUGGAGCAGACAUCGAAGAUCUUCCCACCGCAGCAGUAUAUCCCUCAACCCAGCCGUGCACCAAAGAGGAAGAAGACUGCGCCAUGUUGACUGCUUUAGGCGGGCGCUGGUGUCCUGAGGCCAACUUACAGAACUCAGAGUUCACUAAGAAAUUGGAGGAGUUUUUGUUCUGCAUGGAAGAUAAUCACCCAGAGGAUGUGUGCAGCGAGGCCGAGGCUGCAGAGCUGACAGAGCGCUGUGAGCUGAUCAGUGACAGACUAAUGACCUUGGAAGAUGAAUUACAGACGGCCAUACUGAACCGGGAUCAGGCCCUCACUGAGUCGCUAGAAAAGGAAGUUCAGGAAGUAAAAGCCACUUUACAAACCAUGCUCGCACAGCUCAAAGAGGAAAAAGAGGAGGAAGAGGAAGCGACUGAAUUACAAGAUGAUGACCUCAUGGAAAAUGGGAUUGAGGAAGAAGAGGAGGAAGAGGAGGAGGAAGAAGAGGACCAGUACUUCAGUGACAGCUGGGACAUUUGAAAUGGAUGCCUGUAGUGUUUUAUGACCACUCACACAAAGACCGGCUCUCUGAGAGCCUGACCUCGGCUUUUCAGUAGGAGUGACCCCAUAUCCAUUUACUGUAAAGCCUCACUCAAAGCGCUUUACAACCAGCCUCUGUGGUACUGCUGAAAGUUUCCAGCACAAAGCCUUCAACAGUCUGUGUAACAUUUUGUCCAACUAGAAAUGGAAAAAACAUAUAUGGAGGAUUUUGGUAUAAAUAGAAUACAUGAGACUUUGAGACACUUUAAUGCAAAUCUCUGAGAUCUAAAGAGUGCCUUACUGUAGGCCACUGAGUCGACAUAGUGAUUAUUUUUUCAAUGAAGCUGUUUUUGGAUACAAGUUUUCAUGUCAUGUCUUACUAGUGAUGAGCAAUUAGGUGAAUUUUUUUUUUAGUUAAAACUUGACCAACUUAAGGUGAUCUUUUUGAAUAACUGAAAGUUCGUUAGUUGUUAUGAUUUAACAACUAUUUAUUACAUUUCGCUCAGCACUACAACUGUCUGUCUGUUUGAAUAUUUGCCGAGGACCAAGUGGACAAUCUAAAUAUCUUUUACUGGUAACAGUCUUGCACAUAAACUAACUGCUUAAUUCUUAGGUCAUCUGGCCACUUUCAUGUAUUUUCAGUACGACUGGACUUCAAUUACAUGUAAUUUUGUCCAUGAAAUAUCUCAUGUGUGGUGCUACAGAAUGUGAGCUAACUUGAACACUUUAUUGUUUUCUAUGUGUGGAAAAUGCAAUAUAUAGAUUUUUUUUUUCCUGCCUGGCCUUUAAGUAGUGCUCCAUCACUGAAGGAGAAUAUGCAAAGAUGGAUGCUUUAUAAUUUAAAAAAAACAUCUGUCACAAUAUUCUAAUUGUGUUUUAUGCAUGUAGGAAAUGUUGAAGCACAGAAAAAAAGUAUUUGCAACUGCUGUUUGUGUUUUAUUUUAUUUGCCACUGAUUGCAGAUUGUGUUGUAUUUUAUUUUAUUUUAUGUCAGUUCAGAAUCUUGACUUUUUGUACUUUCUCCUAUUAAUCAGUUUUUUAAUGUACUGUGCAGCUUGAACCUGCUGUACCAUAUUUUAUAUUUAUUCCUUACAGUGUUUCACUAAUUACAGCAUGUACCAUUCAGCCUAA